AAACUUUACCUCCCCAACAAACACCUCAUCAUAUUUGUUGCUCGUGUCUUUAAUAUAACUUGCAAAUUAAAAUUGAGAAGCAAAUAAAACGCACAAGAGGAGGAGUUUGCAGGGACAUGAAGCCUCUCUUCCUCUUCCUGAUCUCCUUUCUCCUCCGACUACUAAUCUCAUCCCACGCCCAAAUCCAGCCUUCUUAUGAAGUAAACAAUCCACAGUACAACUGCGCCUCAACGAUCAAUGGCUCCACCACGCAAGGCUACGCCUGCGAUGGAGCUCAGCGCGGUUGUGAUACCUACCUCACCUUCCGUUCCCAAACUAAAUAUCAAACACCGUCUCAGAUAUCCUCCCUCCUCAACGUCAAUCCAUCCUCAAUCCUGAACAACAUCCCUGAAAACUCUUCGUUAAUCCCUAUCGACGAGUUAGUGAUCAUCCCCACAACUUGCUCUUGUACUGGCAACUACUCCCAACACAACGCUACCUACACUAUCCAAACCACCGGUGAGACUUAUUUUUCCAUCGCGAACGGUACAUACCAAGGGCUGUCCACUUGUCAAGCAAUCAUGGCUCAGAACCCGUACAAUCCUCUAGAGUUGGUUCAUGGGAUGAAGAUCAACGUCCCCUUGAGGUGCGCUUGCCCGACUACGGAUCAGAUAACUGAGUUUGGCGUCAAGUAUCUGCUGACUUAUUUUGUUACCUGGGGGGAUGGUGUCCGCAGCAUUGCUCGAAAGUUUAAUUCCAGCUACCAGUCUGUUCUGGAUGCUAACGGGUUGUCCAGUGGUGAUGUUAUUUAUCCAUUUACGACGCUUUUGAUACCCAUUGACGCUGAGCCUACUAAGGUCCAAGUACAGAGCCUCCAGCCUCCUCCACUUUCACCGGAGCCUCCAGUCUCCAGGGGUUCUCGCAAAAAAUGGAUAUACGUCGGCGUUGCAUCUGGAGCUGUUUUCCUAGUCUCUACUAGCAUUCUUUCUUUGUACUUCUGUUGUUUUCGCAACGGCGAAAACCCAAUAUUUAAGCAAGGUGUCCGGCGCUUCUUCUUCAAAAACCAAUCAAACAAUGGAGACAUGGAAAAUGACAUAGAUCUGCCUUUAUUUGAUUUUGAUACAAUAGCAGUCGCAACUGACAAUUUUUCGCAAGGAAACAAACUUGGAGAGGGUGGAUUCGGUCCUGUUUACAAGGGUAAGCUUGGAGAGGAUGAAGAGAUUGCUGUAAAAAGACUUUCUAGGGCUUCACAACAAGGUGUCGAUGAGUUCAAGAAUGAGAUUGUGCUUAUUGCAAAACUUCAGCAUAGAAAUCUUGUUCGCCUUCUUGGUGGCUGCAUUCAAGGAGAGGAGAGGAUGUUAAUAUAUGAGUUCAUGCCCAACAGUAGCUUGGAUACUUUCCUGUUCGGUAUAUUUGCCUCCUCCUAUAAUACUCUGAUAACAUUUUUCUUCAUGGAAAACUUGUGAUACUAUAUAUCUUAAUUCCCUAUGUUCAUUAAUUAAUUUACAAGAAAACAACAUGCGUGAGUUGACAUCAUCGAAAAGCAUGACAGUGGGGAGCAGAGAGCAUUUCUGUGCGAGUUUACUUUUUUUCCUCUCCUGUUUAUGGUCUGGAUGUUUGUGUUUCGCCUUGCUUAGCUUCGGCUUAUUUUGUUCGAGGCUUUGCUAUUUUUGGGUUGUUUUGUUAAGCUCUUAUUAAUGGAACCGU